GUGACGCGCCUGGGCUAGACUACAAAAGACGACGGCAGCGGCGGGCCAGGCGGAACUUUCCAGAACGCUCGGAGAGAGGUUGGAGGAGCGGCGGCUGCCCCAGCUGCGCACAGCUACGCGCUCCUUCCCGCUCCUUCAUAGGCCCCAGCCCACUCACCGGCUAGAAAAUGGUGAAAGAAACCACUUACUAUGAUGUUUUGGGAGUCAAACCCAAUGCCACCCAGGAAGAAUUGAAAAAGGCUUACAGGAAACUAGCCUUGAAGUACCACCCUGAUAAGAAUCCAAAUGAAGGAGAAAAGUUUAAACAGAUUUCUCAAGCUUACGAGGUUCUCUCUGAUGCCAAGAAAAGAGAAUUAUAUGACAAAGGAGGAGAACAGGCAAUUAAGGAGGGUGGAGCAGGUGGCGGUUUUGGCUCCCCCAUGGACAUCUUUGAUAUGUUUUUUGGAGGAGGAGGAAGGAUGCAGAGAGAAAGGCGAGGUAAAAAUGUUGUGCAUCAGCUCUCAGUUACCUUAGAAGAUUUAUAUAAUGGUGCAACAAGAAAACUGGCUCUGCAAAAGAAUGUGAUUUGUGACAAAUGUGAAGGCCGUGGUGGUAAAAAAGGGGCAGUGGAAUGCUGUCCCAACUGCCGAGGUACUGGGAUGCAAAUACGAAUUCAUCAGAUAGGACCUGGAAUGGUUCAGCAAAUUCAGUCUGUGUGCAUGGAGUGCCAGGGCCAUGGAGAAAGGAUCAGUCCUAAAGAUAGAUGUAAAAGCUGCAAUGGAAGGAAAAUAGUUCGAGAAAAGAAGAUUCUGGAAGUUCAUAUUGACAAAGGUAUGAAAGAUGGCCAGAAGAUAACAUUCCAUGGUGAAGGAGACCAAGAACCAGGAUUGGAGCCUGGAGAUAUCAUCAUUGUAUUAGACCAGAAGGACCAUGCUGUUUUUACACGACGAGGAGAAGACCUUUUCAUGUGUAUGGACAUACAACUGGUUGAAGCAUUGUGUGGCUUCCAAAAGCCAAUCUCCACUCUUGACAACCGAACCAUAGUCAUCACUUCUCAUCCAGGUCAGAUAGUCAAGCAUGGAGAUAUCAAAUGUGUUCUAAAUGAAGGCAUGCCAAUUUAUCGACGACCAUAUGAAAAGGGCCGCCUAAUCAUUGAGUUUAAGGUAAACUUUCCUGAAAACGGCUUCCUCUCUCCUGAUAAACUCUCUUUGCUGGAAAAACUCCUUCCUGAGAGGAAGGAAGUAGAAGAGACUGAUGAAAUGGAUCAGGUAGAACUUGUGGAUUUUGAUCCAAAUCAGGAAAGACGACGCCAUUAUAAUGGAGAAGCUUACGAGGAUGAUGAACAUCACCCUAGAGGUGGUGUUCAGUGUCAAACCUCAUAAUGGAGCCAGUGAAUAGCACCCACUACUGGCAUUUUAAAUGCAGUAGUGACGGAGUGAAGGACUGUAAUCAUAAAUAAGUUCACUACUUGCUAUUGUUUUUUGUUGUAAUAUUCAACUAUAGUAGUGUUUUAAAAAGUUAAAUGAAGAAUAAACACAAAUAUAAAAGCUUCUGACUUUGCUCUGUAUGUAUGAUGACUUGUGUGCAAGAUGAAAUUUUAAUACUUGUAAAAACUUUGAAAAUAGUUCCUCUAGCAUCUGUUAAACCACAUAUUGUAAUUGAUUCAGCUGUGUACAUGGACAAGCUUAAACUGAAAUGCUAGGUAUAUGUGUUGACUUUGGUGUAUGGCCUUUUAUCAUUAAUCUGUGGGGCUAAACCUUUGUAUUUGGCUAGUAAUCUGAAAAAGUUAGUAUGUAGAGAAAUGUUUGUCUAGUUAAUUUGUAUUAAGUGGACUCAUUGUGAUAUCUUUGCAUUUUAUUGCCUCAACUAUUACUUGAAGAGUGGCGUAAUACAUAAUUUAGCGUGUGUUAACAGUGAUACAGAAAUUAUACCUUUCUAAUGAAGAGGCUUAUAUGCUGCUUCUAAGGGCUUGCACUUCUAGAAUUGCAUCCCCCUCUGUGCCAUCUUCUUAAAUAUAUAUAUGUGUGUUCAUAUAUAAAAUAUGCAUAUAUAUAUUAUGUUGACCAGUCGUAGUUAGCAUUCUUUUUCCCUUUGGACCAUGAUAUGCCCUUGAGUAGUGGCUUCUUCAGAGUUGGGUAGCAGAAACCAUUGAAGAGACCUGUACAUUGAGAAGUUGCAUGUAUAACAUAGGAAGGUGUUCCUUAGGUGUGUUACAGGCUUACUUUAAAACAUUUGCUCCAAAGUAACUGUAAUUCAAUGUUGGUAGUAUAGCAAAUUACAAUGAAUAGCUUUAACUGUAUGUUUAAAGUCAUGUUCAUAAGCUUAAAUCCAGAUAUCAGAAUUUAAGCAACUAUUGAAAUGUAUGGAUGUCUCCUUAAUAUACUGAUUACAAAGUA